AUGCGCCCAGGGCUGGAUAAACCGGGCGCGCUCCCUCUCCUGGCGCUGAUUGUCUUCUCGUUGUUGACUCUCGUGCCGUCGUUGUCGAGUAUCUACAAUAUCAAGUUCGUGGACUUUAGCUACUUCACCGGCGGAGCUCGCAAGCUUCCCCUGAUUCAAGAUGGCGCCGCCGCAUUCCCUCCGGACACACCUCCCAUUGACCCUCAAAAGUCGUGGGUGAUGACUGCACAAUAUCGUACGCGUGGAAGUCGCAUAUCACGCUCUUUGCGAUCCAAUGGCGCCGCGACCGUCCCCGGCGAAGUCACCCCGGUGGAGAAUAAAAGUCGACUCUCCUAUACCGCUCCAGAAUCAUCCUCAUUUAUGUUCGGCCGACGCGCUCGCGCAUUUCGGACAUACUUUAUCCAGCAAUUAGAUGACUAUCAGCUAUUCACCUCCUUUUCCAAUCGGAGUCUUCCAGCUGCGCCUACGAUCCUCAACCCCGCUGUCACGCUCUCUAAUGCCUCUCCUCUACCCACCUCAACUGACGACAACCGCUCCGAAACUACACAUCGUCCCGAUAAUAACUCUUCACCUCCAUGUAUAUCUCCCACGGAGGGUGCGGGACUGCAGAUCCCGAUCUUGUGCAACAAGUGGCAGCAGGCCUGCCGCAUGACAAUUGACCUUUGGGAGUAUGCCAAGCACACUGCACUCAUCUCCCGGGUGCAACCCCUAAUUCAGCUCGGAUCCAAAUACCUGGAAUCGAUGUUUACAUUUCAAAACGCACCUGACGAGCAAUCGACAACAUUGGCCCGUUCUGCAAAAGAUGCGCCGGCUGCGACCAACUCUACUCCUGGUUCCACGGGCCAGAUGCAAAAGCUACAGACAACAUCGAGUGAUCAGACCACAGAUGCUGCUGGGCACACGGCAGAAUUGCGGGGCAGCUGUAUGGCCGUGGUCAUCGGCUUGGUAGCAGGGAUCAUGUGGUUCUAA